CUGAAGUGCGGAACGUUCUUGUGCGAAGAACGAAUAAGCGGAAGAUUGGGAAGAACGAAGACGACGAGCCUGAACCCUGCGACGAAGACGCGACAAACAGGAAUAGGAGAACCGCAGACCUCCAGCUGCGCCCCCGUCCCCGCCCACUCCGGCUCUCCGCUCUCCGCCUUCCGAACCCGGUUCUGCCCGGCCGCUUGGGAUCUGUCUCCAGCUCCGCUACUCCAGCCUCCAGGAUUGGAGUUGUGUCCGGAAAGGCUAUAUUUGGUCCGCCAAUGGAAGAGUACUGGAAGAAGAAGCUUCAGGAGGAAGAAGCUGCAAAGGAAAAUGAUGUAAGCUCCACCACAAAAGGGAAUUAAAAGUUCAGAUUUGUUCAUACUUCUGAAUUCCUUGCAGCUAUAAACAUAUGUUCUUAUAUUAAAUGUUUGGGUCCAAGGACAAAUCUUCAUUACUGACCAGUUGAGAUCUCCAAUUUCAACUUUCAAGUAUACAAGCACAUCUACGGAUAAUGAGGACGGUUUGUUGAUAGAACAUUAGGGGAGAAAAAACUCUUGAACUUAAUUCAGAGGUAUAUAUAACAAACGUUAUUGAUUUGUAGCAUGAGAGAAAUAACACAUCCAAACAUCCAGUACAAUGGUGAAUUCAGUGAACUUUGUGCUCUCAUACAUUAGGGAACAUGAGUUUUUGUUGUUAUUUUAUAGUUGUGUCUUUCAAGCUUCACACUUUUUGCUA